CUCACCUGGUGUCAUUAUAAAAUGAUACACUUUGGCACUUGGCAGCUUUUGGUCCGUUUUAUUUUAUCUGUGGCGAUGGGUGGAUGUUUGUUUCUCGGUGUAGUCUUAUUGCAGUUGUCAGGGCCCUUGCGAGUUGUUUCAGCUGAAAGCACUCCUUUGAAGUGUGGCCUGGGCUCUAAAAUGUGCAAGGAUGGCUCAGAGUGUGUCCUCUACAGCCAUGUUUGCGAUGGAGAGCAUGACUGCAAGGAUGGUUCAGAUGAAGAGGACUGUGCAUCAGGGUGCAAUGAAGAUCAGUUCCAGUGUGCUCAUGGGAAAAAAUGUAUAGACAAGGACCAGGUGUGUGAUGGUAUACCUCACUGUCAGGACCGUUCUGAUGAAAUGCAGUGUGCACAGCAAACUGAGGGCUGUUUUCACUACUGUGACAACAAGAGUCGUUGCAUACCUGCAAACUUCAUUUGCGAUGGAGAGAAGGACUGCUCGGAUGGCACAGAUGAAGCCAACUGUGAGGACCAAGAGGAAGACAGACAUGAGAGGGAAGAUGGGACCAGUCCAAUCUCUGUGCUUGCUCCCUCCGCCAGCUCAUCCACUCCUGUGAAAUGUCAUUUGGGCUCUAAACCCUGCAAGGACAACAAAGAGUGUGUCCUCUACAACCAUGUCUGUGAUGGAGAAAAAGACUGCGCAGAUGGCUCUGAUGAGGAAGAAUGUUUAUCAGCAUGUGAAACGGACCAGUUCCAGUGUGCACAUGGAAAGAAGUGCAUAGAGCAGAGCCAGGUGUGUGACGGUGUGCCUCAGUGUCAGGACCGCUCAGAUGAACUGGGAUGUGCCAAGCGGAUGGAGGGCUGUGCUCACCAAUGUGACGACAAGAGCCGCUGCAUUCCUAACAGCUUCCUCUGUGAUGGGGAGAGGGACUGUUUGGAUGGCAGUGAUGAGGCAAACUGUGUUGACGGGGCCUGCAGUGCCACGGAGUUCAAGUGCACCAGUGGCCAGUGUGUGUCGGACACAAUGCUUUGCGAUGGUCACCCAGACUGCUGGGAUCGCUCAGAUGAGGAGAGCUGCACCAACGCACCGGUCUGCCCCACCAAACACCGCUGCCCCCAGAGCAAGGAGUGUCUGGUGCAGGAGUGGAUCUGUGAUGGAGAUCAGGACUGCAAAGAUGGCACUGAUGAAAAGGAUUGUCCCGUGGCUCCACUGAACUGUGGUGAGUUCCAGUGGUUGUGUAAAUCCAAAAGCAAGUGUAUCCCUACAGCCUGGAGGUGUGAUGGCAUGAAGGACUGUGACGAAGGCAGUGACGAGACUGAAUGUGGAAUGGUGACAUGCCUCCCUCACCAGUUCCAGUGUGGCAGCCAGGAGUGCCUGGAUCCCGUCCAGGUGUGUAACAGCAUUACCAACUGCGCAGACGGCUCAGACGAGGGCGGUAGCUGCCAGAUCACUUGCGCAGACGCAGAUAACAGCCGCUGCUCCCAGAGCUGCUACAGCACACCACAGGGAACGCGUUGUCACUGUGCAGCAGGGUUCACGCUAAUGAAGGACGGGCUGACCUGUGUUGAUAUUGAUGAGUGUGAAGGCCAGAGCUCAGGUGUGUGCAGUCAGCUGUGCAUCAACACUCCAGGCUCAUAUCAAUGUGACUGUCACCCAGGCUACAUAAUGGAGGCAGAUGGACACCACUGCAAGAUCACCGGUGAACCCUUCCUGCUGUCAUCAGUCCAAACGGACCUCUUCUUGUUUGGCCUGCGCAGUGGCAGCCUUGAUGUGUUGUCCUCCUCCGCCAAGAAGGCCAUCCUCUCCUUGGACUAUGACUGGAGGGACCAGAGGGUCUUUUGGGUCAGUCUGGACACUGAGAGCAUCAGGUGGUCCUCGCUGGACCAGAAAACCACAGGAACUCUUAUUAAAGGUGUCCGGGCUGAUUCUGUUGCUGUGGACUGGCUCGGGAGGAACCUGUACUGGAUUGACGGAGUGAAUAGUCAGAUUGUUGCCAUUAGACUAACCACAGAUACUGUCAAAUCGCUGGACCACAGCGUCAUCCUGGAUGAAGACCUGGAUCAGCCUCGCUCUCUCGCACUGCUGCCACAAAAAGGACUGAUGUUCUGGACAGAGAUUGGUAAUGUAGUGAAGAUAGAGCGUGCUGGGAUGGACGGGUCAGAGAGGAAGGCAGUAGUAAACUCGAGUCUGGGCUGGCCAGGCGGUGUGGCUGUAGACACCAUCUCUGACAGAGUCUACUGGACGGAUGAAAGGCUGAGGGCGAUUGGAUCUGCAACACUGGAUGGAGAUGACAUUCAGAUUCUACAGAUGAAAGAGACCACCAACCCGUUCUCCCUGGCAGUGUUCAAUGACAUGCUCUACUGGUCUGAUGCUAAGAAGCGAGUGGUGCUGGCUGCCCAUAAAAUCUCUGGCAAAAACCAACAAGUUCUCCUGAAAAGACCCAGACAACCUUUUGGUGUGAAAAUCAUCCACCCAUUGCUCCAGAUGGGCAUUGAGAGUCCCUGUGAGAAGAUAGACUGUUCCCACAUGUGUGUGUUGGCCCCGGGACCCAAGGCUGUGUGCAAGUGUCCCUCUGGCCUUUUACUGGCUGAGGAUGGCCUGACCUGCUCUAGCUCAGUCAAUUCAGCAUUCCUGCUGAUGCUGUCUCCCUCCACCGUCACCCAGAUCUACUUGCAGUCCCGACACACAGCAGCAGAGCUGAAGGGCUGGCCUGAACACCUGGCCCUGCAGGUGCCCAGUGUCAAUGAAGCAGCCAUCAUUGACUACAGCCUUCGUGACCACACCCUGUUCUUGACAGAUGACGGCACAACUUCACUCAGCUCCUUCAAGCUGAGGGACUCAGACUUGUCCUCUCAGGGCCAGCUCCUAAAACUCCUGGGCAACACCAUUACCGCCAUGGCUCUGGACUGGGUAACACUUAACAUCUACUGGAGCAGCGACAAACAGCCUCGCCUGCAGGUCACCUCCAUCACAGGUGCACACACUGCUGUUCUCAUAAAAGAUGGUAUUGGCAGAGUGGAAUCCAUUGCCCUCCACCCUCCCAGUGGAAGGGUUUGUUUCACCAAUGUGGGCCUGCAGGGUACGGGUACUGUGGCUACUGUUGAGUGUGCCAACAUGGAUGGUGCUGGGCGGAGUGUGGUGUGGAAGGAUGCUGUCCAGCCAACAUCUCUGGUCUUCUCCAAUACUGGGGAUACAAUUUACUGGGCUGACGUGGAUUUAGGGACCAUCGGCACUGUCCAACUUGAUGGAUCUGGAUACAGAGAGCUGAAGACCGGUGAUGGCCUGGCUGCUGUGGCUCUGAGUGAUGACGCACUGCUGUGGAUGACUGUCAGUGACAAGACCAGGCUCUGGUACAGUGAUGAACAGCAGCAAAACAAGUUGUGGUUUGAGGUCGGCACAGAAGUGGUCAGCUUAAAGGCAUUCAGCAAGUCCAGUCAGACUGGUUCAAACCAGUGCGCAGAAAACAAUGGAAACUGCCAGCACUUAUGUCUUGCCACCCCAGAGGGUCGGACAUGCAAGUGUGCCCACGACUACAUCCCUGUGAAUGCUACCCACUGUGGUCCAGAGCAGAGCUGCCCAGGUGGCACCAGGCCCUGUCUGGAUCAACUCUCAUGUCAGCCUGUUGAGAAGUUCUGUGACAAGCACAUUGACUGCUAUGACCACUCAGAUGAGAACUGUGUCACUCUGAAGCAGAGGUCAAGAGCAAAGGUCCUUGCUCCCACCCAACCCCACAGCUCAUCUCCUCCUCGUCCGUCCCCUCCUUCUCCUCUCUCUGAAGACACUGGCCCGAACACCACCCUAAAUGUCAGAAGUCAGCUCAUGAACCUGGAUGCCCAGCAGUGCAGCCAGAAACGCUGCAGUGGUAACGGCCGCUGUGUGGAGGUCAAUGGAGAAACUGCAUGUGUGUGUGCACUGGGCUACAGUGGUGAUUCCUGUCAAGACAAUCUCCUAAAGACCAUGCAGGGUCCCAUUAUAUACGCUGCUGUGGGGCUCUGUGCAGGAGUGGUGGUUAUUGCUGUGAUGGCAGUGGUGGUUAAGAGGAAGAAGAGCGCCAACACAAGGAGAGCUAGCCCAGCAGCAGUGAAGGAGACGUGUAUGACUGACCUGGAGAACAAUACUGAGGCCAGCCCCAGUACACAAGCCGCCUCAGCAGACACAGAGAAACCAGAGGAAGCAGUAUCUUCUGUUGACUGAGGUUGAUUCAUGAACAAGCAACAUUUUAAAUAAAACGUUAACAUUUGC